AUGAGGACGGUCGGAGGGUCAAAAAGCCUGCUUUUCUUGAUGUGUUCUAUGUUUUCAGAAGACUAUGAAAUUGAUAUAGAAGCUUUGAUCCGAUAUGCAGUUGGACUGGAUUUGGGAGGUGGAUUCUCAUUAGACUCCACGAGAAGCCGGAUCCAAACGGGCAUAAACAAACUUUUAGAUUCUUGUUUGUUGAUGCAUGUUGAGAAAUGGAAAAACCGCGUGAAGAUGCAUGACAUGGUUCGAGAUGUAGCCUUAUGGAUAGCAAAGACAUCAGAGGAUGAUAAAAUUAUAGUAAAUAUUGACAAACCACUCAGCACAUUGGCAGAGGAUGACUGUGUAAGAGAUUAUUUUGCGGUAUACUCGCGGUACCAAGAGAAUCAAAUUUCUCUUCAAUUGGUUGCUCCGAAACUUAAAAUUUUAUUGCUAGAAAUUGAUUGCGAUUAUUCCAUGAAUUUAUCACAUGCAACAUUUGAAGGAAUGGAAGGGCUCAAGGUUUUUUCUUUUAUCAAUGGUACCCGUCUCCAUGUCUUUGAUCGACCACUAUUGACAUUGCCUCAAUCGACCCAGUUGUUGACAAAUCUUCAAACACUGCGCUUGAAUGGAUGGGAGUUAGGAGACAUUUCUUUCAUAGCAAACUUAAAAAGUCUUAAGGUUCUUGAUUUGCAAGAUUGUACCUUAAAUGAACUUCCUAGCGAAAUAGAAAAACUAAAAAGAUUGAAGCUGCUAGAUUUGUCAAGAUGUCGUAUAGAAGAAGAAAUCUAUAAUGGAGCAGUAGGGAAAUGUUCACAACUAGAAGAGUUAUAUCUUGCAGAAUGCUAUUAUGAUUACAUUCGCCAGAGUGUUGUGGAUGUUCUUACUCUCCCAAAACUACAGAGGUUUGUAAUACAUACUCCAAGGUUGGAACUCAGUCACAGUAGUUUUAUCUGUGAGGGAAAUACGAGAGUUCUAGAGCUAGUGGAUUUUAAUAUCUCAAACUUGGAGGCAUCUAAAACGAAACUUCUUCAAACAGCUGAGACUCUUUGUUUUACUAAACUUCAUGGACGAUGUAAAAAUAUUAUCCCAUACAUUAUCGGAGGCAUGAAUGUUUUGUAUAGUCUCUGUCUCUUUGAAUGUAAAGAGGUAGAAUGCCUCAUUGAUACAACGUCUGAUUCUGAUGAUGUGUUGAUUCCCAAGUUGGUCGAGUUAAAGCUGGAGUGGUUGUAUAACUUGAAAGAAUUGUGUCGAGGUCCACCUCUGCAUGUGCUACACUUCUUUCAGAAAUUAGAGAAACUUAGUAUAGAAUGGUGCCCACUGUUGCAAAGCAUAUUUCCGUGGCAAUGUAACUUAGGAAAUCUUAAGAUCCUCAAAAUAAAAGAGUGCAACUCAGUUGAAGUACUCUUCUCAAUGUCUGUUGCCCAAAGUCUCCAGCACCUAGAAGAACUAUCAAUAAAAAAAUGUUAUGAGUUGAAGCAUAUAAUUGCAAGCGAAAGAGAGGAUGGCACUAAUCCAAGCAAGGAAGUAGUUUCAGCUCUAACGAAUUCUCAUUUUGUGAUGCCCGCUUUGAUGAAAGUUCGCAUUGGUGAUUGUGAUAACACAUCUCACCAGUAUGAUAACCAUAACAUGCUUCCUCGUUUGGAUAUUCUCUAUCUGGACGGUCUUGAAAAUCUUGUUGGGAUAUGUCCCAAAAACUAUCUUGCAAAGUGGCCAACUCAGAGGGAUUUAACUCUGGGGCAUUGUCCAAAAUUGACUGCAUCGUGGAUUGCUGUGAUGGACGGCACUGAGCAGAGACAGCAGCAUCUGAACGAAAAAGUUGUCCUUUCUGAGGACCAGCGAAAGCACUUGCCCUCAAAACUGCAGCUGUUGUCGUUAAAAGAUUUAUCGCAAUUGACCCUCAUAUCAUGGGUGGGCUCUACUCCCAGACGAACUUUGAGCCUGCAAUGUCUUCAGAGUUUAAAAGUGACUAGAUGUGAUAACAUGAAAUCUCUAUUCUCCAUGGCAGCACAUAGAAGCCUACCAGAGUUGAUGCUCCUUGAUAUAUACGAGUGUGAAGAAUUGGAACAAAUCAUUGCAGAAAAUGAAGAAGAACUUGAGCACCUAUCCAAUGCUGAAGUGUUUUUUCCAAAGCUAACAGUUAUAGAGAUCAAAAAAUGCGACAAGUUGAAAAGCCUUUUCUCUGUUGCUAUGGUUAGAAUGCUUCCACAAUUAAGAAUUCUUGAUAUAGAGAAUGCUACUCAACUAGAAGAGGUUUUUAGACAUGGCAGUGAAGACGGCACUAUUAGUGAAAUGGAAGUUGUGCUUCCAAACUUAACAUAUGUAAACCUGUCCUGGCUACCAAGUUUUGUUAAUAUCUACCAGGGUUUUAAGUUACAAGCCACGAAACAUCAAAUUCUCAUAGUUGACUGCCCCAAAACUGCUCCAAGUUUAAGAGCAAUUCAGGUGACUCCUCUUCCCUGCAAACCAGGCCUACUGACAUAA